GGCCCGGGCAGCAUCGGCGGCGUGGUCAGAGCGAGUCUCGGAGAAGAUGUGGUGGCUUCCGUUUGUUGGUGGAGGAGGUGGCAGGCCUCGGCGGUGACUCGAAGAAGCCUUCCAAAAAGCGUGUGAAAAGGGAGCCCUACUCUACUACCAAGGUGACUUCAGGGAGCACAUUCAAUGAGAAUACAGGAAGAUAUGCUGUGCACACCAACCAGUGUCAGAGACCUCAUGGCUCCCCGGUAAAGAAGAAGAUGUACCCACAAGAAGCCUCUGAGGAGCCUCCAGCUCACAAGGACAGAGGAGAUGGAGAGAGGCCGGUCGACGCGAGGGUGGUGCAGGUGGCCCCUCUGAGGUUUGGCUCUGCUCUUUGUUGGGGUGCUGUACAAGACAUCUCUGAAGAAGACACUGUAUACGACAUCUGUAAUGAGGAUGCUGUAGACAUCUCUGAUGAGGACACUGUAGAUAUCACUAAUGAGGCUCCUGUACAUGACAUCUCUAAUGAGGCUGCUGUAUGUGACAUCUCUAAGGAUGCUGUAAACAUCUCUGAGGCUGCUGUACGUGACAUCUCUAAUGACGCUGUAGACAUCUGUAAUGAGGCUGUUGUACAUGACAUCUCUAAUGAGGACACUAUAGAAGACAUCUCUUAUGAGGACACUGUAUACGACAUCACUAAUGAGGAUGCUGUACAAUACAUCUGUAAAAAAGAAGAUGCUACCAAGGAGCCAUUGACACUGGAGAACGAUUUGAUUGUGGAGAGCAUAUCUGAUGAUGAGGAUUUUGCAGCUCCUUGUGGGAGUGCUGUACAAGACAUCUCUGAAGAAGACACUGUAUAUGACAUCUGUAAUGACGCUGUAGACAUCUCUGAUGAGGACACUGUAGAUAUCUCUAAUGAGGCUCCUGUACAUGACAUCUCUAAUGAGGCUGCUGUAUGUGACAUCUCUAAGGAUGCUGUAAACAUCUCUGAGGCUGCUGUACGUGACAUCUCUAAUGACGCUGUAGACAUCUGUAAUGAGGCUGUUGUACAUGACAUCUCUAAUGAGGACACUAUAGAAGACAUCUCUUAUGAGGACACUGUAUACGACAUCACUAAUGAGGAUGCUGUACAAUACAUCUGUAAAAAAGAAGAUGCUACCAAGGAGCCAUUGACACUGGAGAACGAUUUGAUUGUGGAGAGCAUAUCUGAUGAUGAGGAUUUUGCAGCUCCCUCACUGGACAGGAUAGACUGGGCACCCAGGCCUCAAGGGCUUAUGAUUUCUUCUCAGGUUUGAAAAAUGCCCCCAGAUGAGCAAGACGGGGCUGCCACAUUGAUGGAGCAGCUGCGGGACACACCCAAGAAACCUCCUGGAGAACACAGGGGACAUUCACGGCUGGAGGCUGCAUCUAUGGCCGGGGUUUUCAUCCAUGAGCUGGGGACUUCAUCCAUGGGCUGAGGACUUCAUCCACUACUGGGGACUUCAUCCAUGACUGGAGACUUCAUCUGCGACUGAGGGCUUCAUCCAUGGGCUGGGGGCUUCAUCCAUGGGCUGGGGCCUUCAUCCAUGGGCUGGGGCCUUCAUCCAUGACUGGGGGCCUCAUCCACGGGCUGGGGGCUUCAUCCAUGGGCUGGGGGCUUCAUCCAUGACUGGGGGCUUCAUCCAUGGGCUGGGGGCUUCAUCCAUGACUGGGGGCUUCAUCCACGACUGGAGACUUCAUCCAUAGGCUGGGGGCUUCAUCUACAGCUGGAGACUUCAUCCACAGCAGGGGCUUCAUCCUUGGCUGGUUUGCCCGAUCUGUAUCUGAGCCACAGAUACAGAUUAUUAAACAGAUAAUAAUUUUACUGACUUUCACUUUUAUCGUUUUUGUUAUUUACAGUUUUUGUUUCAAAAGUUGUUUGUUGAUAAUUUAAUGAAAUAACGAAACCAGAAUUAUCCCCUUUUAAUUAUUUCCUUGUGUCUAUAUAGAAAGAGUGGAUUUAAGAAAAUAUUGAGAUGCCCCUGUCUGUGUUUGUGAAUUGGAGAGUUGGCCCUAAAACCUUUCUCUGGUAGCUUUCCAGAAGAUUGCCCCACCUUACACUUGCUUUCUGUGGGUUCCAGAGGCUUCCAUUUGAAAGGAGCCUCUCUCCCCACUCUGCCUCAGCCCACACCAGCUCUCCUGUAACCCACUGACUUUGUAAACGCUUUCUUCCACCUGCACCUCAUUGAAUUCAAGACUUUGGAAAAUAGUCAAAAAUUCUAAAAAGGUGGAAAUGUGUGUGAUCUGGAAAUCCCUGCUGUAAUAUUUUUAAUGGAAUCUACUGGAAACUAUUAGUUUAUAUUUUAAAUAAAACCAUCCCUUAGCACUAGAA